UCCUGUCGUGUUCAGACAGAGGGAGAGAGAGGGGGAAGGACGGAGAAUGGCGACUGUGCAGUGCCCUAGGUGCAUGGUAGAAAGGAAAGGUUUUCGGCGGGAACUCGAUUCUUGGCGACACAAACUGAUACACUGCGUUGGGUUUGAAAGCAUCCUCGAGGGAAUCUAUGGCCCGAUGCUGAUGAGAGACCUCAAUGUAUUUGAUGACUGUGAACCCGAAGAGAUCGAUGACUGGUCUCCAGAAGCAAGCUGCUCGCAGUGUUCAUUCUGCAACCUUUCCCUCGACAAACUCAGUGAUCAAGUACCUGCAGCCACGUCGCCCCUCUCCUCCCCCUCUGAUUACUCUCCCUGUCAGGCUCCUAGCAUCUCUGAGAGCAGCCAAUCAGCUCACAGGUUUCUCCAAGCUGUUUUUCAUAAGAAAGAUGUGCCCCUGGACUGUGAUUCUAACAUCCCUCUGGUUGCCCAAGAGCUGAUGAAGAAAAUGAUACACCAGUUUGCCAUGGAUUAUGCGUCUAAGUGUCAACUCCACACCAGUACAAAUGGUGUUACAACAAGGACCUCAUCACCUUUGUCAGAAACAUCAGACAUACCUCUGGACCUCACAGUGAGCAGAACCCAGGAGGAGAAAGAGCACAAACCUGAACCAGAUGGUGUGCUCGACCUCUCCAACAGGAACUCUGCCUGCUCAGCAACUUCAUCAUCAUCAUCAUCAACUAAUCACAAAGCCUCCGGCUCCCUACUGCCACCAUUUACAGAAGAACUGGGAGACCAGGGACAGCGGGGAAAUAAGUGUCGUCAGAGCUCUGUGUUGGAUGCUAUUCUCAGCUCACUCUGCCCAGCACACCGUUCCUUACUCUACCAGAUCCUGAAGCUGGCACACCAAGAAAAAUUGCUGUGUUUGCUUAAUCACAAACCUGCAGGUCAAACUGAAUCUUACUGCUGUCCCUGUGGUGUAAACCCACAGGAUAAUGCUACCCCUCAUGCGGCCACACUUAGUGAAUGUAAAGCCCAUAACAGCAGCUCAUACUACCAUUUAAUGGAUUGUGAUCAUCAAGGUCAUGGCAGCAAAAUGUUCCAUCCAGGAGACUCCAAGUCGAACUGUAGCACCCAUCUCUGCCCUUUAAAAGACUGUAAAAGUGAAGAUUCUCGGGGUUCAAGCUACUGCUGUCUGCAGAGGUGCAGGAUGGAAACCUACACUGUUCUGUGCCCCAAGAGGCUGCACUGUACUUCCUGCCAAAGCCUGGCUUUAGGUCGUAUCAACAACAUGGUGUGUUCAUUUGCAUCCUCUCCUUCAUUAUCCAAAUCCCCAUCACUGUGCACUCCCCCCUCUAGUUUAUGCCCGUCGUCAUCGAUCUGCUGUAACCAACAUACCCCCCACCCUUGUCCCUGUUACUCAAACCAUACCUGUCUGAUUCAGGUCAGGAACAAAAUAAAAAGAGGGGUUGAAGAAGGAGAUCCUCCUUGUCCUGUCCUGAAGAGAGAGCAGAGCCCCUCUCCUCCCCCUCUUUCCCCUAUCCCCUCAGACAUUAGUAAGAAAACAGAUGAAAAGCCACCCUCUCUCCUUCACCAUAGACAAGAGGAGGAAACUGACCUAAUUGUAAAAAAUGGUCUUUUGGAUGCAAGCCACUAUGACACAGACAUGGAAACAGCAACAGAAGAUGAGCUACAGUGUAGGAACCCAAGAAGUAGUCAGGCUGAGCAACACCCAAGUGGGACUUUGCUGCAGGACGUUGUGAAUCGCUUCAGUGAGAAACUGGAGACAAUCAAACCUCUAGAGAAGGAUCCACCUCUGGUUUCCAUGGCCAUGAAUGUUUCUGAAAAGGAGCAGCUGCAGUCUCCCUCAACCAGUCAGAACCCGCAGUUUCAUGCUGAUGCCCAUCUGACUGAAAUCAUCACCAAAGUGCUUCACAAAGGCAAUGGUAGUGACUACAAUCUGAGUGAGCUGUUCAAUCGCCAUGAUAGCAAAGAGCCCAAGUCACCUAAUACCCGUGCCCGACGGCGGCAGGAAGUCCUUGCUGCUAUAGCAACACCUGCUGAUGACUCCUCAACCAGAAGGCAUACGUUACAAAUCAAACGGGAGUUCGCCAUGCUUGACCAGUCCUGCAGUAGGAGAAAGGUGUCACCAGCAAAAAGGGCAAGAUUGAUAGAUGGAAAUGUUACUGUAACUACAUCAUGUACUUCAUCAGAUUCAAUCCUUGUUAAAGGGGAGUCUAAAAGAGAUAUGGAAGAAGGUAUAAAACCUGUAGAGAAUCAUAGAGUUGGGCAGGGACCCCUGAACAUGCUCUCUGCAGAAAGGGACAGAGAUGAAGUAAAAGAUGAGAUACAAACAGUUAUAGUAACAGAAGAUGUUCAGAUCCUUAAAACAGAGGAGAAAGAGAGGGAAAUAUCCCAUGAAGAAAAAGAUCUUUCUCUCUCAAGCACUGAAAUACCCACCCCUGAGCUGCAGAGCAGGUAUGGCAAACACAGCUCAAAAGGUCACAGUUCACAAACGCAGGUGAUGACUGCAACCUCUGCAAAAAAGCGUGGCAGGCCCUGUAAAGAAGAUAAUGUAAGCAGUGGAAGUCAUAAGAACUAUGAAGAAGCCCAAUCUGGUCAUAGCUCUGACAGUGACAAUAGACCAGGUAAAGGGAAAGGUUGUCAUAGACCUAAUAGAGAGAAGCAGAAAUAUCUAUUAAACCACUCCAAGGACGCAAGGAGAUCCAGGAGAAGCAUAGUCCCUCCACAGCGGUUCUCCUCCUAUGUCACAGAGCCCAGGAAGAUGUUCUUUGUUGCAUGUUUCUCUGAUAGCAUCUUUAAUCAGAGAGCACAAAAGGACAAGGAUUUGACAUCUAGCACCUUGGAUGCCUUAUCCAAAGAUCCAGAUGCUAAGGACAUCCAGCUUGAAUCAAGAAAUGAAUCCCCUCUGUUCUCACCUGAGUUCACAGGGAAGCUUGCCUUUGAACAUUCACAGAGAGAACAAUGUGGACCAUCUUACACAGAGUCAAAAACUGUGGCUGCCAAAGAGAAGAUUCCUGCAAAACACAGCUCUGACAUUAGGACAGAUGACAGUGACUCUGUGGCCAAGUUUUUUGGAAGGCUACGACCAUCUCCAAAAAGACUUCAGGUCUCAAACGCAGUUUCAAGAAUGCUCAAAAACUCAUCGAAUAGGAAUGUCACCAAUAAGUCUGCUCUCCAUGUUGAGAAACCUCCCAAUUCAGAAGUCCAGUACACUAGUCCAAUUAAGCUAAUGUUUGUAUCACCAGUAAUGGAUAAGGAAGGAGUUAGAUACAGCCUCAAAUCAGCAGGCUCUGGUUCUAGCACACAGGCAGAAGAACCCUUUGACCCAUGUGAAGUGUCUUCAUGGUCAGGGACACCUGAGAAACAUAAAAGCCAGAGCAUUCAGUCUCCUACUUCAAAAGUAAAGUCUAUUUCUUCACUGAAGUCUGCUACCUCACCUGCAAGAUCUGCUUGUUCACCAACAAAGUCAGCUUCUUCACCAGCCAAGUCUGCAUCCUCAACACCCAAGUCAGCUUCUUCACCAGGCAAGUCAGCUUCUUCACCAGGCAAGUCAGCUUCUUCACCAGGCAAGUCAGCUUCUACACCAGGCAAGUCAGCUUCUUCACCAGUCAAGUCAGCUUCUUUGCCAGGCAAGUCCGCCUCCUCCACACCCAGGUCAGCUUCUUCGCCAGGCAAGUCUGCAUCUCCAUUAUCCAAGUGUGCCUCUUCACCCAAGUCAGCUUCGUCAUCACCUAAAAUAGGUUCCAGAAGAUCAGGCGAAGGUACUCCAACUAAGCGUGGCACUGGAACUGAGAGCCAGAGGUCACCAUGUGACUUAUCUUUUCAUGAAUCCACUCCUCCAAAAAGGCGUCCAGGCCGCCCAAAGAAGAUGGGACCACAGCAGGAGCAAAAAGUUAAGAGGCCAAUUGGCCGACCACGCAAGCAGAAGGUUGUGGAUUCAGAAGUUGGGGUAAAAACGGUAAGUGGAAAACCUGUUUUACCAUCUGACACUGAGAAGAAUGUAAACAAGAACCUCAAAAUAACAGUCAUGUAUGGCCGUUCGAGGAGAAACAAACGAAUGGUGUCUGAGGGCUUUGACCAGCUACAAACAGAAUUACAGGAUGCUUGGCAAGCAGUGGGCCUUAAAAGCGACUUGGGCAUUUUAAUGCACAACUCUAAGACCAGCUCAGGUAGUAUCGAAACUACCUCAACAGAAUUGUCAGAGGAGUUCAGUUUUGUCAGCCCUGUGAAAGAGUCUGCCCCUCAAUCUAGCAGUAACAUCAAAUGUCAAAAGCGGGAUGAUUCUACACCAUCAAGGAAACCAGGUAGACCUGCAAAAGUUAAAAUCUCUGGAAUCUCAGUCACAGUAACCACAGUGUCUCCUCGUCAACGCAAAAUUCAGAUUAACAAGGAUACUCUGCAGUCACCAGAAACACUAAUUCAUAAGCAAGUACGUCUGCCAGAAUUCAAAUCUGCCAAAGAACCCUGGACAAUCAGUCAUCAGUCAACAAAGAAAAGCAGUCAAACUGAGAAAGGAAUAGAAACCAAGAAUGAAGUUAAAGACAAACUCACAAGUCAGGCUGUAGCAGUGCGUCACUCAAUGAGAGUGAGAAAGCCCUCAAUCCACUUUCUGCACGCUGUUGCCACCUCCAGCUCUAGGUCAUACAGCCACAGUAACGCUCUGCUACGGCGCUCUAAGCAACUUCUGCUGAACAAGGCCAACAAUGAAAGGAGAAAGGAGGAGCAACAGAGUAGUGUAGAAACGUCUGGGGAAAAAAGACAGGUCUUUGGACAAGACAAGAGAAAGAACAUCUCUCAUGACCUGAACAAAGUGGCAGGAGUAUCUGUAGACUCCAUAUUUACCCAAAAAGAGACACUAAGAUGGUGGGCAGCAUCUGCUGAGGAAAAGACAAUGAACCAGGAGCUUGCCAGGCGAAUUCGACUCAUCUCCGACACCUGGGUCUCUGACACUGUGGAGAACCAAGAAAAAGAAAUUGCCUUUAAUUCUAGAUUAAGCACUAAAGGAAACUAUUCAUUUACCAGGAAGUCAAAACAUUCCUCAGUGGUUCGAACACUGUUUGAUUGUCCCCCUAACAAACCAAGGUCUUGUAGCAUGCAGCAGCUCUGCUCCUGGUUUAUGCAGACCACAGAGACACAGUCUCUGGCUAUUGUCAAGAAGGCAAGUUCCCGUAAUCCUUACGAACUUAGGCACUUCCCUCGUUCCGCCAAUAAAAAAAGUGUUUGCCACAGUCCUCAGGCAGAGCGACUCCGCAAACAUAUCAAGAAGUUUGCCAAAACUGUGCCAAAAAGUCCUUUGCAACAUCAACAGGCUCAAAGAAGAUUGAAGAGGAAGAAUAAGGCACCUCUACCAACACAUAAUAUUAGGCGACAACUUUUCACCCCCAGGUUUGCAACAGGCCAGCUGAAUCAAGGAGUCCAAUGGCGGCGAAGCAGAGCAUUUAGAAAAUACCAGGCCGCUCUAUUUAGAGCAAGGACAAGGUUCUUAACCCGGAAAGAAAGGGAGAGGUGGCAACAGAGACAGAGGAAUAAGAAAAACAUAAAAGUAACUACAAGUUCUUCAAAUGGACAUGCAACUGGACUACAACCAAAACGAAAAGCAUUACUUAGAUCAGCAAAAGAUCAGUUAUCUGACUGUUUGGAGAACAGUUCUGCCACCAGUUCUGUUGACCAAACUCAGGAGCCUUUGGAUGUACCCAAAGAGCAGAAUCUCUGCUCGAAAGCCUGGAGUCCUGAGACACUGAAGGAAUGCCGGGUGUUUCUGAGGAAGAUCAACUCUCCAGACAAUGAAUCGACUGAGGAAGAGUGGGACUCCUGCACUGUGACACUGGAUGAUGGGUCACCCUCUGCAUACCUAUAUGCAGGAAGGGAGAGAGAACUGGUAGGAGUUGUUAAAGCUGUGAAAACUGAAAGAAAAAGGAGCAUGAAUAGGAGGUCUACCUCCAGAGAGCUGGCAGGUUCUGCACCUAAAUCAGUCCAGGAGCAGGAUGAGAUGCCAGUGGGGAGGCAGAAAGGCAGAUACAAAAGUCCUGGGGUUGUGUCUACUGAACCACCACAACCACCACCAGCGAAAAUGUUGAGACAAUCGCGAAUGAGGGGCCUGACCGGGCCGAGAUGGUGUGACUUUGUGUUUGAGAACUAAAUGAAGCAUGAAGCCUCCUCCUUCCUGGGAAAGGGACUGUGGUUUAACGUGGUGCCUUUGGACAUUGAGCUGACCACGUGGACUGACCAUCCCACUAUGGUUCAGUCUUACACUCAGCAAUUAUGUAGCAGUCUAACUUAACAAAAGCUUGAUGUUGCACUAUUUUUAUCCAUGGAUAUGUAUGUACAGAAUGUUUGAUUUUUUUUUUUUUUUUUUUUUUUUUGUCAACUUGCCUUUGUCUUUCUGAACAUGUUUAGUACAUCAAUCAUUACAGAGUUUUUAUGGGAUAAGUGCUUAUACAGUGAGCCCUGUCAGAGUGGCUGUAUUGGAAGGAAAGACUUGACUGCAUAAAGACAGUGCUGCCACCCCCCUAAUUUAAUGAUUUGUUUUGUAUUCAAGGUUUUAAAAAAACUUGUAUUGAAAUUUAAUGACAUUCACUAGAGCUGAGCCUUGUUUGCUACAGUCACUGUUGUUGUAUUACAAGCCAGUAGCCAAAAAACAUGCUUUGAAUGAAGGAAUCUUUUUUUUUUUUUUUUUUACCCUUUCCAAAAUAUGUGUAAGGGUCCUCUAAAAUUCCAUACUUAACUAAUUGGCCAUCAACCUGUACUAAAACCAAAUAUUUUAUGCAUUAUUUCUUUUAAAAUGUUUGCAAUUCUCAGCACCAAACCACAAUUACCACAAUCGUAAGUGUUCUAAAUGACUACAUAUCCAGCCCCAACAAGCCACGAAACCCAGUGGUAUAUGUGAAGUGAUGAAGAAAGUGGCAUUAUGCAGUUGUAGAAAGUAUAUUCUGAUUCAUUUUUUGGUUUGUGGGAUCUGACUUGUUUUAAUUCAUCUAUCGUUAUGUUAUUGUCUUGUUUUCACCCAAAGCAUAUACUGUAUGUCGUCAGUGUCAGAUCUACUUCUUGCACUAUUCCAUCUGAGAUUAUUAAUCCCACUACAGAUUCCUCCCCCAUAUUUUUGCACAUCCCAUGUCCCACUACCAUCCCCUACUGUAAAACUAGAGAAUCUAUUUGGUGCAAUACAAACCCAGAUGAUUUAUCAGUAUGUAGUAAUUAUUUUAUUGCUGACAGACGAAUGGAUGUACACAAGUACCAAUGGCCUGGGAUGUUACUUCAGUUGUUUCCAUAGCCAUGUAAUGUGAGCUUAAAGGAUAUUGCUAUACAAACUUUUUUUUCCCCCACCUGCUUUGUGCUCAAUUAAGCAGAAAAAUAACAGAUUUUUACAUGUUAUAAUAGCAUUAAAUUGUUUUUAUCAUAAACAUACUAGCAUUAUUUACUGUUUAAAUGCAGGUGGGAGAUGUGUUGCUGUUAAGGUUUCCCUAGAGUUCCUGUUGUGUUUCUCAAGUUGCAGCAAGAAGACGCCUACCUCCACUGGGGCUCAGCUAGGCCUACUGCUCUUUUGCUUAUCAACCGUGUGAUAAACAAGGCCAGAGUUGAUUGGUAAACACUAAUCUUGGAUCAGUAUCAUGUUAGAUCCAAGAUGUCUGGCUGUAGGUCAAAACUUAAACCUGUAGUGUGUAUUGUGUGCCUGACUACCCUUGUAUGUAUGUCACUAUGGUUGCCAUUUCAACAGGCGGGAAAUGGAGUGGCCCAGUAUUGUGAUAAAUAACUCUCAGCCCUCUGUUGAAGAACCUGGUGCUAAACAUCUGUUGUAUAUUUUCUUUAUUAUGUGUUUUUAUACUGUCUAUUACAGAUGCAACCAACAGGUUUCUGUAAUUGGAACAAUAAAGAGUCUUUUGAAAUAA